AUGCGUCUCCUCGCCACCCUCGUCCUUUUGUUGCUCCUCAGGUCAGCUGAACUCCGGAGAGGCCCUCGGUCAGGGGCUGUGGAGAGGGGCGCCAGGGGCCGUGUACGAGGCAGAGGCAGGGCCGGAGUGAUGAGACGUCAAACUCAGGAGUGUAAGGAAUACAUGGAGGCGGGGGAGAAGUACCUGGACUGUCAGGACAGGCAGCUGACCACCGUGAUGCAGGACUGGCCCAAAGAUAUUCACCACCUGCUGUUGGCCAGAAAUAAGAUUCAGGUUUUGAGGGGCAAUAUAUUCUCCCAGUUCACCCAGCUGAAGAGCCUGGACCUCCAGCAGAACCACAUCUCCAUGGUGGAGGACGGAGCAUUCAGCGGCCUCUCCCAGCUCACCACCCUGCUCCUCCAGCACAACAGACUGAAAACUGCCACCGAGGAGGUCCUGCUCCCUCUCCCCCGCCUCACCUACCUCCGUCUCUAUGACAACCCCUGGAUCUGCCACUGCUCAUUAGACAGCCUGAUCAGGACCCUGCAGGUGCCCAGCAAUCGCAACCUCGGCAACUACGGCAAGUGUGCGGAGCCCGAAGCCUUAAGAGGCCAGAAGCUGAGGAACCUGAAUGUGGACUUGUUGUGUGCGGACAACAACCAGGUGGACAGGAUUCCGGGGGGCGGAGACGCGGGGCUACCGAGGCUUACGCCAACUAAAGUGAAUACGGAGGCCACGUCCAUGUGCCACACCUACAUGUUCCCCAAACCUCAGCUGGACUGCAGCAACAAAGAUUUGAACAACAUCCCGUCUGAACUGCCAUCUGACAUCGUGAAGAUGGAUCUGUCCAGAAACACCAUCAAACAUCUCAGGCCCAAACAGUUCCUGCUGGCCAAAGACCUCAAGCUGCUCAACCUUAGCAGCAACAGCCUGCACCAUUUAGACACAGCUGCAUUCGCAGGCCUUCUGCACCUCCGUGAGCUCGACCUGUCCAAUAACACCCUCCAUUACUUCCAGUAUGGUGUACUGGAGGACCUCUACUUCCUACGGAAGCUCUCGCUGGAGAACAACCCCUGGAUCUGUGACUACAACAUCCACUACCUGAUCUACUGGCUCAAGCACCACCCCAGCGUUUUCUACACUGGCCUGAUCUGCUCCGAGCCACGGGAGUUCAGGGGCUGGCGCGUCGAGGAGUACGUCAAGACGUACAACGGGGAAUGUCCCAAGGAUAAACGUACUGGAGGGAUGGAUACUGACAAUACUGCACAGGAGGGGGCGGGGGAGACGGGUGAGCUGCCAAGUGAAAAUCUGCGUCAGCCCCCGAAAGAGAAGAAGCCCAAAAAGUUUGAGAUCAUCAGGUUGAGUUAGAAUGGUGGUGGAUUAGACUGCCGUGGUUUAGUAAAAUUUAAAUGCAGGUCUUUGGAGAAGCUGAUAAAGGUAGAUUCAAACAUGUUUAGAUGUGACUAGUAAAAAGUAAAAUUUUGCAAUGAAAUACUUUGUCAUUUUAAUAAUUAAUAUUAAUAUUAUUAAGUUUACCUUUCAACAAAAGUUUUUUUGAUCUUUUUGCAGAGCAUUCCCAACCCAGUCUGUAUCAGAUCGAAUAACCUCAACAGAGACGCCUACUAUUUCCUACGCAAUGAACUGCAGGUGCUCGCUUUUAUUCUGUUA